GAGCGGUAGCGGGUCUAGCGAGAUUUCACAUUCACACACCUGAAAGAAGAGAAUGUCAAGACGCAGUAGCCGUUUACAAGCUAAGCAACAGCCCCAGCCCAGCCAGACGGAUUCCCCCCAAGAAGCCCAGAUAAUUCAGGCCAAGAAGAGAAAAACAGCUCAGGAUGUCAAAAAAAGGAAAGAGGACGUCACCAAGAAACAUCAAUAUGAGAUCAGGAAUUGUUGGCCACCUGUAUUAUCUGGGGGGAUCAGUCCUUGUAUUAUCAUUGAAACACCCCACAAAGAAAUGGGAACAAGUGACUUCUCCAGAUUUACAAAUUACAGAUUUAAAAAUCUUUUUAUUAAUCCUUCACCUUUGCCUGAUUUAAGUUGGGGAUGUUCAAAGGAUGUUUGGCUAAACAUGCUAAAAAAAGAGACCAGAUACGUUCAUGACAAACAUUUUGAAGUUCUGCAUUCUGACUUGGAACCACAAAUGAGGUCAAUACUUCUAGACUGGCUUUUAGAGGUAUGUGAAGUAUACACACUUCAUAGAGAAACAUUUUACCUUGCGCAAGACUUUUUUGAUAGAUUUAUGUUGACACAAAAGGAUAUAAAUAAAAAUAUGCUUCAACUCAUUGGAAUUACCUCAUUAUUCAUCGCUUCCAAACUUGAGGAAAUAUAUGCUCCUAAGCUCCAAGAAUUUGCUUAUGUCACUGAUGGUGCCUGCAGUGAAGAGGAUAUUUUAAGAAUGGAACUUAUUAUAUUAAAGGCUUUAAAAUGGGAACUCUGUCCUGUAACAGUCAUCUCCUGGCUAAAUCUCUUCCUUCAAGUUGAUGCUCUUAAAGAUACUCCUAAAGUUCUUCUACCUCAGUAUUCUCAGGAAAAGUUCAUUCAAAUAGCUCAGCUUUUAGAUCUGUGUAUUCUAGCCAUCGAUUCAUUAGAGUUCCAGUACAGAAUAUUGGCUGCCGCUGCCUUGUGCCAUUUUACCUCUAUUGAAGUGGUUAAGAAAGCCUCAGGUUUGGAAUGGGACAGCAUUUCUGAAUGUGUAGACUGGAUGGUGCCUUUUGUCAGCGUAGUAAAAAGUACUAGUCCUGUGAAGCUGAAAAUUUUUAAGAAGAUUUCUAUGGAAGACAGACACAAUAUCCAGACACAUACAAAUUAUCUGGCUAUGCUGGAUGAAGUGAAUUACGUAAACACCUUCAGAAAGGAGGGACAGCUGUCACCAGUGUGUAGUGGAGGAAUUAUGACACCACCGAAGAGCACUGAGAAACCACCAGGAAAACACUGAGGAAGUUAACUAAGCAAACAAGCUGGAGCUGACUGAGUAUUGGGUAGAAUUUCACAGAACUGAACUACUAAAGUUUUCAGAAAAGUAGUGCUAUGACUGUCCUAGCCAAUUCAGAAGUUUCACUGCCAUUCUUUGAAUUUAAAAAAACUACUUAAAAUUGGCAUUAAGGAAGAAAUUCCUAGGUUAGCUGUUUGUUUAAACAGCAGGAUUGUUUACAAAGACGACUUCAUUCCCAAAGUGACUGGAUAGAAGCCAGCCACAAUUUGUGCCGUAACAAUUUUUUUUGAUCCAGUGUUACUAUGUUUAUCUUGAUAAACUGAGAAUUUUAUCAUUGGCGUUUUAGACUAGGUAAGUACUACCUUAAAGGGGACAUUGAGUAAUACAAUACUUUGAAUCUAGUUUAUAGAUUCUCAAAAUUCAUAUUCUUGACUAGUGCAAUUUGGUUUUUGAAAAUAAAAUUUAAACUUGUUUACAAAAGGUUUAGUUUUUAUAAUAAGGUGACUAAUUUAUCUAUAGCUGCCGUAGCAAGCUAUUAUAAAACUUGAAUUUUUAUAAAUGAACUUUAAUCUGUUUUUUAACUGAUACAUUUGCCUUGCCAUGGCAUUUUUUUAACCAGUAAGGCUUAGAUGAACAAAAAGGGGGAAUACCAAAGAAAUUUUAAACAAGAUAAAUGUUGUAGCUCCUACUUUGGGCCUUGACACAAAGGUUGCUUUAUAAUAACUUUUCGUACAUCACAAUUUAAGUGAAGAAGUACCCUUUCAACCUAUUUAUAUGAGAAAGUCACUUUAUUAACUCCCAAGAUAUCCCUAAGGACUUUUUCUUAAUUUAGUGUGACUAAGACUAUUUAUGUUUGCAAAACUAUUAAGGUCCUUUUUUAAUUCCUACAUUAUGAGUUAAGGACAGUGUCAAAAGUGAUAAAGCUUAACACUUGACCUAAACUUCUAUUUUCAUAAGGCAGAAAAGUAGUAAAUGUAUACUGACUCCUAGAUUAUUUAUUAAAAACAAAUAAAAAAAAAAAAAACCUGACAUAAGAACUUGCUGUAUAUAGACUAGCUACUUCUACAUAUUUUAAAAAAAGAACAAAACAAAAUUUCAGCCUCAAGAGUGGGCCUAAUUGAAAAUAAAUUAUACUAAGUUGCUAGUUUAUUCUGUUACUGGACAUGUGAAUCUCUUCCUUUGAAGAAAUUAUAAAUUUAAGCUAUGGUUAUGGUAUGAAGUCUUCUGUAUAGUUGUUUUUCAACUGUUUCAGUAUUGUCUGAAAAGAAAACACCACUAAAUGUGUACAUAUGUAUUAUAUAAUCUAAUACUGUUUAUUUUUAGCCCAUUGUUUAAAAAAUAAAAGUUAAAAAAUUUUAACUAACUGCUUAAAAGUAAA